AUGCAAGGUCUUUGCCUGUCGGCAGGCCACGCGCUGCCCUAUGUUCUCGCCAUGGCUUUCAUGCUAAGCACAACCUCUACUAAUGCGCAGGCUACGCCUGCAUCAACAACAGCCACGGCUGCCGGCUUCUCCACAACCAACGCCUCUGCCCAAUCGACUCUUACUAUUGGCCUGGUCAACAACUAUGAAUAUGCCCAGGCUCGUAAAGAAAUGGAGGCCACUUUUCGCCUGCUGGAUGUCGAGCCAGAGUUUGUAGUUGGGACGGCCCGUGAGAUUCGUGAACUCGCCCGCAUUAGCAAAAUCGACCUGGCGUACUCCUCGAGCUCUUUUUUCGCCUGUCUUGCUGCCGAGUAUGAUGCGACCCCGGUGGCCAGCGUUGUUCUUCGUCAGAAUGGCAUCGAUGUAUCAAGAUCUGGCGGUGUCAUGUUUGCCGCCUCCAACAACAGUGCCGUGAAGACUAUGGACGACUUUGCGGGCAAAAUAUUGGCUGCUAUUGGUCGUGACUCUCUCCUGGGGUUUCAAGCCCAACGCCAAGAACUCCUUCGCAAUGAUUACAACGUCUACGACCUCUUUCCACAGGUCAUUUACACGGGUGAUGCGGAACAAGUGGUGUGGGAAGUGUUGAACGGUGUGGCCGACGUCGGCUUUGUCAAAAGCGGUGUGAUUGAAAGCAUGAUCAAGCGAGGGCUUGUCUACGAUCCCGACAUCCACUUUAUCAACGAAUAUAAUCAUCGAUUGCGCAACGGCGAUGCUUAUCCUUUCCGCUGCUCCACCGAUCUCUAUGGCGAAUGGGUUCUGUCCUCGAUCGGUGAACUUUCUGAGCUGGUGAUUCACACCGCAGUGGCACAGCUUCUGGAGUUUGAUAACACAGAUUUCGUCCGAGUCGGCUUACCUAGCAUCAGCUAUUUUCGCCCCCCUCUGGCCUACAUCAAUACGCUUGAUUUGCUGGAGGACCUGACAAUUAUGAUCGACGAUGGCGUCAGCAAGAGUUGCGACAGUUUGAGCUCCGACAUCGAGGACGUUGUUUGCGCUUUUGGUUGGGCCCAGGCCGCUGACGUUUCAUGCCAGAGCUCCACCAAGUACACGUGCCCUGAUCGUGGUGACAUCAACUACUCUUGCGUCUGUGAGCCUUGUGUCAAAGUCUGCAGCUCGGAUGAGGUGUAUACCCCCAACGGGAACUGCCGGUGCAAAGCGGGAUUUGUUCGCUUAGGCUCCACGUGCCAGCCCAUGGGCGUCUUCAUUGCCGAGCUGUUGGUGCCAUUGGUGUUUCUCGUGGUGCUGCUGGUUGCGUAUCUAAUGCAUCGGCAGCGCCUGAAAGCCGAUGGGAUCUGGCAGAUCGAAGCCCACGAGCUCGUCUUGGAACAGCCCACCGAGGUUCUCGGCUCUGGCUCGUUUGGUGUUGUGCUGGCUGCCAAGUUGCGCGGGCAGAGGGUGGCGGUUAAACGUGCCUACGUCAACAAGCGUCAAAAAUACCGGACGGAUAGCAAGGCCCCUGACAGCAUGAUCAAGGGCAGUGCGAACAACGCAUUGGGUCUUCCCUUCCGCUCGCAUCGUCACACAAGCAAGGGCAAACAUCGCACAACCCGGCAUCAUGUGCGCAACGUCUUCGUGGAGGCUGAAGCUAUUGCUGAAAAGGUUGCCAGCUCCAGCCAUGGCUCUACCUUUCAAUCAGGUCGCGUCACCACCAUGUCUACUCGUCCAUGGUACCAACGCAUGUUUGGUCCUUCCGCCGAGACCUUAGCACGUCGCCAAUUGUUUCGUGAGAUGCGCCUUCUGAGUCGGAUGCAACACGAUAACAUUUGCCGAAUGAUGGGCGCCGUGAUUGAGUCUGGCAUGGAACCCCUCAUGGUUUUGGAGUAUAUGGAGAUGGGGUCUUUGUACAGCAUGCUCCACAAUGAAGCCAUGGAUCUGGACGACGAAUUCCGUUACAACGCUGUCCACGAUAUUACCAGUGGAAUGCGUUACUUGCACAACGCCGACCUCAUUCAUGGAGACUUGAAGGCGCUGAAUUGCUUGGUUGACAGCAAAUUCCACGUCAAAGUAUCCGAUUUUGGCAUGGCAGGUUUUGCCUCCGAGCACAGCCAGCGCGGCGGCACCCUCGCGUGGAUGGCACCAGAAUUGUUGCAGGGGGACGUGACCUCGUUUGCGAGUGAUGUCUAUAGCUUUGGCGUCGUCAUGUUUGAGAUUUUUGCCCGUGAGGACCCAUAUGAAGACACCGACUUUGACUCAGAGACCCUUGCUCAGAAUGUUGUGCGCCGAAAACUUCGCCCAUCGGCACCAUCAAAUAUGCCCCCGGAGUUUAGCGUCUUGAUGAACGAAUCCUUGGCUGCAGACCCUGACACACGACCCACGUUUGUGGAAUUGUUGCGGCGCAUUGAGCCCCUCGAAGGCAAGAUGAAGAUCAAUGCGCGCAAGGGCAAUGCUAUGCUGCAAGACAACGCCCUGUUGGAACAAGUCUUCCCCAAACACAUUGCCACGGCCCUCCGCGAGGGCCGAACUAUCGAGCCGGAGCACCAUGCCGAGGUGACCAUCUUCUUCUCGGACAUUUGUGGCUUUACGGACAUGAGCGCUACCCUGGAGCCGGUGCAGGUGUCCAACAUGCUGGAUCGCCUGUACACGGUGUUUGACAAGCUGUGCGACAAGCACGGACUGUACAAGAUUGAGACGAUUGGGGACGCGUACAUGUGCGUGGGCAACCUGUUUACGCCUCAGCCGGAUCAUGCGGCGCGUGUGGCGCGGUUUGCGAUGGAUGCGCUGGCGGGGGCCAAUGCGAUUCCGAUUCUGGAGGACGAGCCGGAUGGCGACCACAUUGACAUUCGUGUGGGCUUCCACAGCGGACCUGUUGUGAGCAACGUGGUGGGGACGUUGACGCCGCGAUUCUGUCUGUUUGGAUCGACAGUGAAUUGUGCAUCGCGGAUGGAGAGCAACAGUGUGCGGAACUGCAUUCACAUGUCACCGGAGGCGGCAGCGCUGGUGCAGAAGCAAGAUGUGUCGCUGAACGUGAUUCGUCGUGACCCUGUUGUGACGAUCAAGGGCCUGGGCAAGAUGCAGACGUAUUGGUUGGGGCAUGCACCGUCUACUCAAGAGGCCGAGGCGGCGAAACCGGCACGGAAGUCACUUUUGAGCGUGGCUUCGCGUCGUAGUUCGCGUCGUGCUUCCAUGCUUCAGGAUACCAACGCAGCCGCAUCCGUCCGGGCUCGCAUCCCUGAAACGCCUCAUGUCAUCUUCGAUGAAGUGGCCGUGGACAUGGAUGCGGGGUGGCAGGAUGAGGAUGAGGCUCUUGCUAGGUCCAACACUGCUUCGGAAACGAACACCGAUGACGGCGAAACGCAACUGUCCUCUCUAUCUGAGUCGGCCACAACCGUUAGCAUUAUGCCUGAUGAACCCAAGCUGAACCUGACUCAGCUUGCCCCUGUCUCCGCAGACCAAAACGUCAAAGUCAUGGGUGACUCAGCUGUUUAG